AUAACGGGCGAUUUUGAAGCGAUUGAAAAAACCACUAUCACUUCUUUGUGUCACUUCGAGUACCCCACGCGUGGUAUUUUCCCGCGGGCGCGAAGCUGGAUUAUUGCGCAACAUCAGAAUUUGGAACACGAUUUGCAACUUUUGUUGCACCACAACAAAGCAAGAAGUGCCAAGAACGACAUCCGUUGCAGCGUCGGAUGAAUUCUGCCUUGUUGCUUGUAAAUUGAUAAAAAAACAGAUCAUUUUCUGCGAGUUUUAAAAGAAAAUAUGGCAGACAAACAUCGCGGGAAUGACUCAAUCGUUCAAGAAGAGGUUGAACCGCUUUUGAACAAAACUCCAGCUACAAGGCAGCUCUCCAAGAACACUAUUAAAACAAGAAAAAAGUUAACGGUUCUAACAUUUGCAAUCAUUUAUAUAACUAUCGCAGCGUCGUAUUCGGUUAUCGCUCCUUUUUAUCCCACAGAAGCAAAUGAAAAGGGUGCAGGUAGUAAUGUUGUCGGUUUUAUAUUUGGUAUCUUUGCGCUGGUUAGUGUUAUCGUUUCCCCGUUGGUCGGCAGUUGGAUACCAACAGUUGGCAUCCGCUUCUUCUUGUUCAAUGGGAUUUUUAUCAUUGGCGUCUCUGAGUUUUUAUUUGGAUUUUUAGAUAAAAUGCCAAACAGGACUCUCUUCAUAACAUUCUCAUUUGUGAUACGAGUGUUCGAUGGCGUCGGUGGUGCAUGGGCAAUGACGGCUGCUGUUGCGUAUUUGGCUCAGUGCUUUCCAGACAAUGUUGGCAGCGUCAUGGGCAGUCUAGAAUUAUUCAGUGGACUUGGCUUAACAUUGGGGCCACUUAUUGGCGGUGUUUUAUACGAGUAUGGUGGUUUUGGAACGCCAUUUUUUGUCCUGGCGGGAUUGAUUCUUCUCACACUACCUGUGUGCAUAUGUAUUCUUCCAAAGGUCCAUGAUGCUGGUGAAUCAGAAGAGGGAAGUACUGAUGCAACCCUUUGGAAGUUUCUUAAAAUACCAGCAUUUGAUAUCAUAGUUAUGACAAUUGUAACUGGAGGAAUGGCAAUUGGAAUUAUUGAACCCACAUUGGCUCCUCACUUGAAGGAUGAGUUCAACAUAACAAGCAGUACAAAAAUUGGUUUGCUUUUCUUCUUGUUCUGUGGUUGCUAUGCAUUAUUUGCCCCAUUAUUUGGAUGGAUUGCUGAUAAGACGAGUCCAAGAUGGGUGAUGUUGCUCGGGAGUUUAGUUUGUGCGUGUAGUUUCUUUCUCUUGGGCCCAGUACCAUUUUCGUUCAUGCCAAAAAAGCUGUGGUUGGUCGGCCUAUCGUUAGGUUUGAUGGGAUUAUCGAUUGGCCCGAUGAUGGUUCCCGGCAUAUCAGAGCUAGAGAAUAUUGUCAAAGCCCGUGGUUUCUCCAUUGAUCUUGCAACACACGGGAUUGUCUCAGGCGUAUUUGGAUCGGCAUUUAAUGUCGGCGCGUUUUUUGGCCCAACUUUGAGCGGCGUUUUUACUCAUUAUCUUCACUUCAAUUGGACGUGUACGGGCUUUGGCUGUAUACUUUUGUUACAGACUGCACUUCUUCUUGGUCUUAUAUUAUCUGGAAGUUCUGUACCUUCUAAAAAAUUGGUGGUACCAGAAGAACCGACUCGGAUAAGUCGCAGCUAACAGAUGGUCGCAAUUCAAACACUGUUCAGACGUAGCCAGUGGACGCCAAGUACUAGUGUUACAAUUUUAGCUAAGUGCCGUCAGCAGCCCUGACGGAAUAGUUCAAAAUAUUUUAUUAAUAAUGCGCUGAAAUCGCACACCAUGUUCGACAGACGCCUCACAGCAAGGUUUAGCGUCACUGACAUUGUUGUUGACUGCACUGGCAGGCUAACGAUGGUUGAUGAAGGAUGUUUGAAGGGUAGAAGAAGUAAUGACAGAGGACAUUGAAUGUUAAUCAAUGCACGCGAGGGGAUAAAGAGGGAAUUAUUUGGAUAAGCCAUACUCAUUCAUAUAUUUGUACUUAAAAUAUAUUUUGAAUUUAGUUAUAAAGAUUGAGAGAAGAUCGCAUUCCUAACCUCGUUAUGUAUUUUAAAACUAUGUUGCCGGGCAUUAUCCAAAUUGGUAAAGGAAAGAAGCACCUAGCUCCGUAUUUCAGUCGAUGUCCGCCGGAAUGUUUCGGAAUCACGUGUGACA